GUUCAUCUUUCCAGCUAAUGCAUGUGGUGACAUUUGUUGGUGUUCUGUGGAUGCUGGACGUGACUCUUGGGUAUCUUUUCUUCUCUAGGACAUGGCGUAAAUCGCAUUACAGUAUCAGUAGGUAAGGUAAUGAUAGGCUGUAGAUAAUGCUUGGGCGACAUCGAACCAAAUGGCUUCUUAUCUCUACUGCACGCCGUUGUUCUUCGAAAAGAUAACUUGGGAUUUAGAAGCUUCAGAUUGUCUCCUCUCUUGGCUCUCGGCACGUCCGAACUGCCUACAAUACCUAGCGUAGGAAAGUAAUGUGUGGACAUGCUAGGUAAUUUAUGAUACCUACCUAGGUACCUUACCUAGGUAUGAGAUGAUAUGAUAGAGCGAGCGCCUCUGAUUCCAUUUGUCUGAUCGCUUAGGAAUGCACUUCUGUUAGUGCGGCCAGGGGUCUCCCACGUCGCGAUAACAAUUCCCCGCCAUUUUCCUUAAACCUUGACCUUAUCUUCUGACCGCGUGCAUGCGCGACGUACAAUUGGCUCGAUCGAUGGUAUCCUGCGAAACUCUCUCGAUAACCUGCCGCCGCCGAGUGCUCUGUACGGAGCAGAGAGAUGGGAGAGGAGAGGAUAGCUCUUCAGUAUUGUAGAAGGCCUGGGCCGCGGCGAUUCUGUCUCAUCUCAUCUCAUCUCAUCUCAUCCUUUUUCUUAUCUGCUCGUCGCUGCACCCUACCGUAGCCUUGUCUGGCUUACUCCGCACCGCACCGCACAACCUCAAUGACAGAGUAUAAGAGAACAUCGUACUCCGCGAUCUUUCGGGGUUUGCCAUCCAGCACAUUUGAAGUUGAAGUCUCCACACAGCAUACGUAGAUUUGAGCCCAUCGCAGCCCGCAACCGCUACAAUGUCGUCAGACGAUGAGAAGAAGGGGUCCUCUCCAGCUGUCUCUGCCUUCGACGCUCCUGUCUCAGAAGGGCAAGUGGUCAAGAGACGCUUUCCUGGCUUCAGCCUGCAGGUUCGGCAAGAGGAGAGCAGCUUCGCAACAACGAAAAGUGCCAGCAAUGCCGAUUUCGACCCAAUCCCUCCUUCCAAACGUACAUGGAACUGGGGCGCAUAUGUUGCCUACUGGAUGGCCGAUGCCUGGGCUGUAUCGAACUGGGAAGUUGCUAGUUCCAUGAUUGCGGUUGGUCUCGACUGGAAAAUGGCAAUUGGUGCAUGUGUCCUUGGCAACACCAUCAUGGGACUUGUCAUUACUGUUAACGGCCGCAUGGGUGCAAUCACCCACGCUCCGUUUCCCGUCCUCUCACGCAUGCCUUUUGGGUACUACUUCAGUUACUUCGUUGUGCUCUCACGUUGUGUACUUGCCAUCGUCUGGCUCGGGGUCCAAACAACAACUGGCGGACAAUGCAUGUCUGUCCUAUUGACUGCUAUAUGGCCCAGCUUCGCGAAAAUUCCCAAUCACAUCCCGGAUGAUCAGGGUAUUAGCACUUCGGGCAUGAUCGGCUUCCUGUUGUAUUUCCUGCUUCAACUGCCCUUUUUGUGCAUCCCUUACACCAAGGUUCAAUACUUCUUUGCCUUCAAGAGUGUCAUUGCCCCGAUCUGCUUCCUUGCGAUCUUCGGCGAUACUUUGCGCAGGGCUGGAGGAACAAUCAGCAACAGUAUAGUCAUUACUGAGGGCACUACUAAGGCUGGAUCAGCACUCACAUGGGCAUUCUUUGCGAAUCUCAACGGUGUCUUGGGAAAUUACGCCACCUUGGGUCUUAAUAUAGCGGAUUUCAGCAGAUACGCAAAUAAGCCCAGUGCACAGAAUGUCCAGGCUCUUGUUAUUCCUUGUAUCUUUACGAUUGUUGGCCUCCUUGGGAUCUUCACUGCUGCCGCCGCCGAGUCCGCUUAUGGCCAUGUCAUCUGGAACCCGAUCGAGAUCAUAGAGCUGUGGAUGGAAUCAGGUUCUCAUGGAGGGCGUGCUGCUGCCGCUUUUGCAGCCAUUGGCUUGAUCAUCGUCACUUUGGGCAUCAAUAUCUCAGCCAAUUCUAUCAGCGCAGCGAACGACUUAAUGGCAUUCUGCCCCAAAUACAUCAAUAUUCGCAGAGGACAGCUUCUUGCUGCUGUCAUUGGUAGCUGGGCCUUUGUCCCGUGGAAGAUUCUCGCAUCAGCCGCGAAAUUCCUGGCUUUCCUGGGGGGCUAUACUAUCUUCUUAGGCCCUAUGACAAGUAUACUUAUGUGCGACUACUUUAUUGUGCGUCGGGGAAAUGUAUCCGUGCCGGACAUGUACAACUUUCAUGGCAUGUAUCGAUACUCGCCUAAAUAUGCUACAAAUUGGCGUGCGGUUGCAGCCUUCUUCAUCGGCUGUGUUCCACCACUCCCCGGCUUUGUAAAUAAUAUCGUCGUGGCAGGACUUAGCACAACCGGUGUCUCAAUCGGAGGUCAACACUUGUUUGCCAUUGGAUAUGUGUACUCAUUCUUCGCGGCUGGGACAUUCUAUUGGCUGUUCAAUCGUUUCUUUCCACACUCCGAGUCAAUUAUGGACCACCCCGAGCUGGGCGAAGAUAUCAUUGCUGAAAACGACCUCAAAAAUGUGGAGAAGAAGCGUGCGGAUCGGGCAGCAAAGAAAACGAGUGUUUUCACGCGCAUUUUCGAGGUUUGAGAUUUUGUCAUGGGAACAAUUAUUUAUUGUUGUAGGGCGAGCGUUAGGCACUUUUGUCUGGUGUAAAUCUGCUAUCGCCAUACGCGAUCGGCUAUAGUCUUUGCAGUGGCGAAGGAGUACUCGUAUAUUUGUAUAAAUACAAUUUUAGACUUUUAUCUCUCUGCCGGGCUGUGUGGUUGGGACGGUAAGCGAGUAAUGCUGUCCUCGAAACGUUCGCACACUUCAGGAGUAUUGGUCAGAGCUAUACAGUUCAAAUAUAACCUGGGACUAGAGAUCGCACGAUAUUCCUGUUUCAUUCAGAGCUCGGUUUAUAUUUUCUGAAUUUUAUAACUGCUGAAAUAUGAUAAUCCGAUCCUAGGGAACCUGGGAGUAAGACCUGUUAGGAGAUAGAGUUCUGGGUUGUAUUAAGCUUAAUUGUUGAAGGUAUACUAAAGCUGUGGUUUCUCCCGAGUUCUGGGUUAUAUCAAGCUUGAUUGUUAAAGGUAUACUGAAGCUGUGGUUAUAUAUAGCGGCCCUUAAGUAGCUCCUUCCUUAACACGCCCCCCCUAAAACAAAGAUAAUACUAUCCUCAGUAUAGAUAUAAUCGAAGGUCGAAGAGGAAUAGGAGGGAGUCUCGGGAGAAAGCUAUAGCUAACUCGACUGGGUAGACUAGAGGUUGGAGAGUAAGUCGAAUAAGGGAGAUGCUCGAGAUCGCUUUAAACCGUAGAAAAGGCGAGUUUCUUAUCUAUCGUACUACGUCUCGGAGGUGGAGGAGAUGCUCGAGAGCGCUUCAAACCGGGGAAUGGCGAUAUCCUAAUCUGUCGUACUACGUCUCGGAGGUGUAGUCGCGUUUUAUACGUGCGGCGCACGGAAGCUUGUUACCCUGCUCGAUCAAAUGGAAUUGCUACUAUGUUAGGAGACAGAGUUCUGGGUUAUAUCAAGCUUGAUUGUUGAAGGUAUACUGAAGCUAUAGUUUCUCCCGAGUUCUAGGUUGUAUCAAGCUUGAUUGUUGAAGGUAUGCUGAAGCUAUGGUUAUAUACAGCGGCCCUUGAGUGGCUCCUUCCUUAACAAGACCUUACAUGGAUCCAAGUAAAACAUGAACCACAUAUCCACAGCUCAAUCCCUCGAACAUCAGACACUUUGCUUCAUCAUGAAUGGACAAACUGCCCAAGCCGACAUCUUUCGAUGGGUGAAAUCCUCUGAAGAUGUUUUGAAGGAAAAUGAGCUACAGCUCAACGCCAGAGCCACUUAGCAUCUUCGUGGAGAAGUUUUAGUCGGCAUAGACACGGGGAGAGCACUGCUGGAAUAGAGUGGUGGUCUUGUUGUGCAUGCUUCCUGUUCUUGUGCUGCGUUCUCUUGGCAUACAUUAAACCGCUGUCUUUAUAGUCGAAGUUCAUCUCUUUAUUUAUUUUGCUCUUACGUUGAGGUGAUCAAUAUAGCAGUUACUUAAUA